AUGUCCGGCACACAACUCGGCAGGUGGGCAAACAACGGUGUUUGCCGCGAAAACAAAGCUGACCACUCCCUGUUGCCAUAUCUAACGGGGGCCCUGGAGCUUGCCACUUGGCGUUCAAUAUCUAUGAAAUCAUCCCUGUCGUUCGCCCUGUUGCCCAAACUAAGCCAGGACCCUAACGAAAACUGUCUUUUUCUCUGCCUAUACUCUACCCACUGCCACUACACUUCACAUGCAGGUCACUGGAGCCCAGCGCCUCCUAGCUUCUGCCAAAAAGUUGAGAUACCUGAAAAAGUGUAUCCUGAAAAAACCAAGCUUCGCUGUCAGUUUGUGUCCGAUUUUUACGUUCUUGGUCUUGAACUGAUGGCAUUCUCUCCAGAAAUUGUUCCCCGAAGUUACGAGAUGCUGGGGCUCGCUGCUCACAUUCGACAAUCAACAUUUACUCUAGGAAUCAUUACCCAAAUUCACGAAAUGUUAGGCGCUGCUGUUCUCAUUUGGCGCUCAAAUAUGUGGGGGGUUAAAAUCCACACUCCGAAAAUUGAGCUACCAAGACCGCAAAAAACCGGUGGACCGAACUGA